UUCAUGCUACGCAUUUUUAAUCAGCAUUUGAUAAACGGUUAAAAGAAUUCUGUUCUUCGUGGCUCCUUCAGACCAACAAAUUCUUUACUGAAGAACUGCCCAUUUGCAGAGCAGCGAAAAACAUCAAGGACUUGAAGUAAACGUUAUUCAGCGGUAUUGACACAGUUAUGAUUUACAUGAGAAGAACAAAAGAUAAUAACCGCAUGGGGAUCAAAUGCUCUUUUUAUAGCUGUAAUUUCACGCUUGUUUGUUAUUGUUGGUUGUGGGAAGAAUCUGUCGAAGAAAAACUUGCUCGCACCAGACCAAGACUCCAUGAAAGCUCCAGUGAAGGACCAACUUUAGUUUAAGCGCAGCGGAACACAGACAGUGUAAAGAAGCGCCAGUGAGAUAAGUUUGAAAACGUUUGUGAGUUGCAAGUUGGUUGCGUCACGUUACCGAGCUAAGACUUGCUUUGCGGAGAAGAAAACACGAGAUGUUCGGAACAGAAUUGCUUCCUUGGACUCGACUUUCAGUGCGUAUUCGAAACAACUUUGGACAUAAGUACAGGAUUAUCAGCAUUUAGAAACGGGCAUGGCUUCUAGUCCUGUUUGGAAAGUGCGGGUUAACCCUAACCGCUAUCAAAGUGUCCCUACGUGUGGCGAUGACAUAAGUGAGGACUGUAGCGGUCGUAGAAGGUCAGGUUCCUCUGACGACAGCCCUCUUUCGUCCCCGCUUACAAACCGCAAACCACAGAAGGGAAAAAGCCUGGGCGCACCAGGUCUUAACAACAACUACAAAGAUAUCUGGUCCAAGCGCGUGAGGGACGGAGCUGUAAAGGAAAUUGUCCUUAGUCCUAGUAGAGCUGACACUGGUUGUGAUAAGCGAAUUACAAUCAAUAUCUCUGGAACGAGGUUCGAAACUCUCGAGAGCACGCUGGCAAGACUGCCAGACUCAUUGCUUGGAUCGUCGAUAAAGAAAGCACCUUACUAUGAUCCCAUCCAUAACGAAUUCUACUUUGACAGAAACAAACAUGUCUUUGACAGUAUCUUGUUCUAUUACCAGUCAGGGGGGCCCGCCGGUGGCGUUCUUGUGAAACCGGAUGGUAUACCCGAGGGGACAUUCUUGGAAGAAGUCAAAUUUUUUGAACUGGGAGAGGACGCGGAGACGAAGAUUGGAGCUGACGAUCAAACAGAGAAGAAACUUGGCCGCGGUCUUGAGGCUGUCUCAGCGAAUAUUUCAUAUUGUGAAACUUGUUCAUCGAAAAUCAGAAUGCUUUUCGAUACAAGCCAAACAAGGAAAGCAUCUCCUUUGCGUAGAGCUAUAGAUGUCUGGAUGAUUUUUGUAACAAUCUUUUUCAUCAUUUUGCUUUGCGGUAAGACGUUACCUUCCCUAAGAGAGGUUUUCGUUUUGGACCAGUGCUGCGAACGAUACGAAAAAAACGCUUCAGUGGGCUUUUUCUGGUCAUUUAGCGAAAAAUUCUGCAUAUCUUGGUUCACGCUCGAAUACGCUCUGCGCACGUUGAGCGCAACGAAAAAAUCAUUGUACUUAUUGUCAGCACAGGGUAUUUUUGACAUGUUGUCGUUUUUCCCUUAUGUAAUGACAAUCAUAAUCCAAGUGGUGGUACCAGGAACGGCGACAAUUCCUUUCCAACGCAUUCUUAUGUUUCUAAUGUUCUUUUCAGUCUUCAAGCUGACUCGUUACUCUCUUGGGCUGCAAGUACUCAUGAAGACAAUUCAGACAAGCUUGCAAGAGCUGAUGUUACUGCUGGUGUGUGUAGGCAUCAGCCUGGUGUUAUUUUCGUCGGUGAUAUAUUACUGCGAAAGUUCUGAGGACUCCACGGAUUUCAACAGCAUCCCGGCAACGUUCUGGUUCACUAUCGUUACCAUGACAACUGUGGGGUACGGCGACCUGGCGCCCGUUACAGUGGCGGGAAAAGUUUUCAGCGCGCUUUGUGCAGUGUUUGGAGUUUGUUGUGUUCUAGCAAUUCCAUCAACAAUUAUUGUGACAAAUUUUAACUUCUUUUAUUUAAAGCAUAAGGCGAAACCAAAGAAACCAAAAAGGCCAAAAACGAGAAUGACUGCUCUUCAAAGGUGGGUGACUCGGUUUCGAAGUGUCGCCCUUUGAGACUUAUGUGGCCAUUGAGACUCAUGAAAUACCAAUCAUUGUCAUUGGUUCAGACUCCUCGAUAUUCAAUUAAACCAAUAAUAUAUGAUUACCUAUAUAUAUCAUUGUUUGCAAUGGAUUCGGAAUAUAACAUGCCAUUCAAGGGGGGGGGGGGGAUGCUAGUUUUACUUACUGCUAUACACCCCUGUGUAAAUUUUGUGACUAAAACUCGCAAAAAAUCACUUAUCAAUGACCAUGAAUAAUUUUAAAAUCAUAUGCGUGACAUGUCGAUCUGUGUUUAUUACAUCAUAAUAAAAGUGGACAGAAGGCGUCAAAAUUUAUCUUUAUUCCUCAAAAAUAACGAUCUUAAACGACUUUGUGCUAGUCAUUUUUUGACAAUCGAAAUUGUCUUUGGAUCGAUCUUGUAGUUCACUACAUGAUAGAAGAAUGCCAGUGGUUUUUGAGACUACAAAUGUACAAGACCAACAAUUUCCUUGAAAACGUAACAUUAAAAUAUAAGUUGAAACAAAGAAAAUACUCGACGUGGAGACGGUUAGACUGAAUUGGACUAGCAGAGAUCUUUACAAUUUUAUUUCUCCUUUUUCCUCCUCGUUUUACUUUCAAUUGAAAAGAUUAGAUAUGUCAAAAACUCGAUACAUUGUUUUGUUACACGUCCUACAUAUCCAAAUAGCUCGAGGUUGGUCAAAGAUACCGCUCGCCCUAUGACCAGCUAAUCUAACAUUCAGAUGUCAAACGACGUAUGUUUCGAUAUGUUUAAUAAACAUAGGUACCCCGUAGUGAUUUUAGAUUUUCUUAGUGGUAAAUCUGUGCCCGAACAAAGCUCUCCAUAAAGCAUACAAAAGCUUAUUAUUUCUCGGAUUAAGAAAUAUACAAACACUAACCGUGUUCCCAUCGACUUGUAGAAACACGAAUGGAAUAAUGAAGGAGGUACGUCACGGUUUGCACAUCUUGAAAAGCUUUUAAAGGCAAUUUUGUACGUAGCCAGAGUAACUCAAAAUUCCGUGACUAAGCUCCUUUAAGAGAACGAGGAGUGCUGUGAGAGCAGGAUAGACCUGCAGGCGGAAAGCUAUGGAAAGGUCCAUAAACGUGACUACAAAAUGUUUGGCUGUGUUUUCAUACUCUUAGCAAAAUUUGCUGU